AUGGCCCAACCACCUCCACCUCCACCUCCACAUCCAUCAUCAGCAUCUUCUUCUUCAUCUCUCAGCAACCUCAUCCGUCUCACUCCGCUCCAAAUCGCCGACUUACCUGGCCAUGCGGAUCUGCCGCCGCCGCCGGACUCGUCGAAUGGACGUAGCUCCGAACGGCCGGCUCUUGGGGCUUUUCUGACGGCGUUGCUUGAUGACGGCGCCGCGUUUCUCGAACCAUCCACAUUCUCCAGCCGGUUCAAGCAUCUGUCAAAGAAGAAGAGCGCACCUUCUGCGGCGCCCGUCGAGGUUUUGAGCCAUUCGAUUCCGGCGUCGGCGAUCAAGCGGGUCCAGUGGUCUUCAUCUAGUGGCGGUCCUGGGGGAGAUUCAACGCCUACCGGUGUUGAUGCUGGCUCUGGUGCUGGUGAUGGUAUUGCAAACACUUCACCUCGACAGAUUUCACGCGUGUCGCGCAGCCCCCCACCAUCUUCCACCCUGGACGCAGAAUAUUGGAUCGCACGUCGGAGCGUGCACCGAGACAUAUCGAGCAAAGACGCUACGCAGCCCGGGCACGCGUCUUGGGACGAGUUCGUGUACGGCCUACGUGACAACCACAGCAAGCACGAAGCCGACUUCACCCCGACUCUGUACGAUGCGCAUCGCGUGGCCGAUUGGACGGACAUGCUGCACCAGGCCCAGGUCCAAGAGACGCUUAUGGCGAAAGGAUACACGGCCUGCAGUCUGGGCGUGUUCGAGAUGUGUCAUGCCAUUCCGCCACCGUUGAGUCCUCGCUGUUUCGCCGUGGUGGUGGCCACGGCCAACCUGGACGAGGACUCGUUCAUCGCAGUUACGGUUCCGGUCGACCUGACCUCGACUUCUGGCAACGGUCCACUCUCUACGGCUCUCUACAGCACCGGUCGCAACGUGCAUGAAGGAGCCACACCGCAGCAGCGCAAGCGGGUUGUCGCGGGCGUGUAUGCCGCCGUGGAGACGGUGAGGCGUAGGCGUCGGCGGGACAAGGCCGAGCGCGAAACCGAAGCCGAGAUAGAAUGGGUCAUGGCCACCACCAGCGAUGCAAAAGGUUCUCUUCCUCUGUGGGUGCAAAAGCUGAGCGUCCCUGGUGCGGUGGCCAAGGAUGUGGGAUAUUUCCUCAAGUGGAUUCGGGGGGUCGACGAUGGAGAGAUCAACAAGCAGCCACGGCAGUAG